GCCAGCCUCGUUCACGCCUUCAUUGGAUGUAGAAGCGUUCUCUUCUGGGUGGGUGCCCGAAAUCUGGGACGGGCGGGGAGGGGGUGCUGAGUGGCUUCCGGUUUCUGGGUGAAACUGACACACAAUGAGGAUUCGGGGACGCGCUCAGCCGCCGCCGCCGCCGUCGUAAAUAAACAGAAGGACCGCGGGAGACCGGAUCGGCCUCGAGAUCAUGGAGAAUCAGAUUGCAGGGCCGGCAGGUGGCAUAGCGGUUAUAGCCACUGCAUUUCACUGGAAGCACCCAGAUCUGAAUCCUACUUACUCUGCUGCAGUACCUUUGAUAAAGUGCACUGUGCAGGUGAAGCUGGAGCUGGGCCACCGUGCUCAGCUGCGCAAGAAGGUCACAACCGAGGGCUUCACCCAUGACUGGAUGGUGUUUGUGCGUGGGCCUGAGACAGCCGAUAUACAGCAUUUUGUGGAGAAGGUGGUCUUCCGGCUGCACGAGAGCUUCCCCAAGCCCAAGAGAGUAUGCAAGGAACCACCCUACAAAGUGGAGGAGUCUGGGUAUGCUGGCUUCCUAAUGCCCAUAGAGGUUUACUUCAAGAACAAGGAAGAACCAAAGAAGGUGUGCUUCAACUAUGACCUGUUCCUCAACCUGGAGGGCAACCCCCCAGUAAACCACCUGCGCUGUGAGAAGCUCACCUUCAACAAUCCUACUCGCGAGUUCCGCCACAAGCUGCUCAAAGCUGGAGGAGUUAUGGUGGUGCCAGAGGGGACAGAAACGGUGUCUAGGCCCAGUCCGGACUAUCCUAUGCUUCCGACAAUCCCUCUGUCUGCUUUCUCUGACCCCAAGAAGACCAAGCCAUCUCAUGGGUCAAAGGAGUCCAGUAAAGAAAGCAGCGGAGUGACUAAUAAGAGUGCCAAGCCCCACAAGUUGGCCAAGGAGCACAGGGAGCGCCCCCGGAAAGACUCUGAGAGCAAGGCCUUGUCCAAGGGCGAGAGUGACCGUGACCGCGAUGGGGGCAGUAGUAGCAGCAAACCUCUGCGUGAUUCUUCAUCUGCCUCUUCAUCAUCCUCUUCCUCCAAAAAGCCUGUGGAAGUGAAGGUCAAGGAGGAGAACAAACCUCUGCCUAAAGCAGCCUUUAAGGAGCCCAAGCUUACCUUGAAAGAGGCCAAGAUGGAAGGCACAUCCCCCAAGGGUGGGGGUGCAGGUGGAGGGGGUGGUGGGGGAGGAGGCAAUGUGCCAGAGGCCAGGGGCCCCUGUAAGCGCUCCUCUGCAGCAGAGUCACCCAAACCUAGUGUGAAGAAGCAGAAGAAAGGGGGCUCAGAGGGGGCCAAGGUCACACCUGGUGGGGGAUUCUCUAGCACCUCCCCACGCAUUUCCUCCUCCUUGUCCUCUGCAGCUCCUCUUCCCUAUCCAGAGAAGAAGCCUCCCAAGGAAAAGGGCCGCUGGACCAAGGUUAAGGUGGAGGCACCAGAGGUGAAGGAAAUCAAGAAGCCUCCCGAAUCUGAGGAGUCAAAUUCUGAGGACGAGGCCUCCUCCAAGUCAGAGCAGUCAGCUGCCUCCAGCCCUUCCAACUCCAGCUCCAGCUCUGACUCCAGCUCUGAGUCUGACUUUGAGCCCUCGCAGAAGCAAGGCCAAGGUCCUCUGCGCUCUAUGGUGGAGGAUCUGCAGUCGGAGGAAUCCGAUGACGAUGACAGCAGUUCAGAGGAUGGCACCCCUGUCAAGACCAACCCACCCAACCGUGACUCACGCCUCAGCCUUGACAGCGAGAGUGACAGCAGCGACGGUUCGCACCGUCCAGGUCGGGAUCCACCACCCCCACUGUCAAAACAUAGUUCCUCCAACAAUAAGACUUCGGGGAGGAAGAGUCCAGAGCAAUGCAGCCGCCCAGAGAAGAUACUGAAGAAGGCAUACAACAAGUGCCAGCGUUACAACAAACCAACCUCCACCCUGUCGAACCCUGCAUUUACACUAUUUUAUGGGGCUUACACAGAAGAAUUGGUGGAUCUCCACCGCCGACUGAUGGCCUUGAGGGAGCGCAAUGUCCUGCAGCAGAUUGUCAACCUCAUUGAGGAGACUGGCCAUUUUAAUGUCACAAACACAACUUUUGACUUUGACCUUUUCUCACUGGACGAAUCCACCGUUCGUAAACUACAGAGCUACCUGGAGGCUACUGCCACGUGACAAGAGGUUUAGAAGAGU